CCACCUUGCCUGUGGUUCGGUCUACUACUUCAGCAUUUCCGAGUUACACAAAAAAAUUCCCCAUGCAGCACGAGAAUUCUGCUAUAUAAGGAGGAGCAAAGCUACAUAGCACACUCCACACUAGCCUGAUAGCUACCUAAGACACUCAAAGCAACCAUUUAGAACAUACAAUGGCAAGAGCAAUUGCAACAAUAUUACUCAUGGCCAUCGUGCUUGCUGCCACUACACCUAGGACAAGCACCAUGGACAUCACAGAUAGGGACUUGGCGUCAAAGGAGUCCCUAUGGGCACUAUACGAGCGCUGGUGCGAGCAUCACAAUGCGGGACGCAACCUCAGUGACAUGGCCCGGCGCUUCAAAGUGUUCAAGGAGAACGCUCGCAUGAUCCAUCAAUUCAACCAAGGUGACACACCCUACAAGAUGAGCCUCAACCUCUUUGGUGACAUGACCGAUGAGGAGGUCGGCCACAUGUAUGGUAGCUGCUCCAACCUUAGGUCAGACAGCGGGAAGCGACGCCAAGACUGGUUCACACACGGAGACGUUACUGUGCCUGGAAACAUCCCACUGCAUGUGGACUGGCGCAUGAGAGGCUACGACCAACGGCCACCGGCGGUGACAAAUGUGAAGAUGCAAGGAGAGUGCGGGGCUUGUUGGGCCUUUGCGGCGACAGCAGCAGUGGAGGGCAUCAACUCCAUCAGGACUAGGAACCUGGUGUCAUUGUCUGUGCAACAGCUGAUAGACUGCGACAAGGGAAGUUUCGGCUGUCGUGGUGGCUACGUGUCAUCGGCCUUCAAGUACAUGAUCAAACACCGCGGCAUCGCCACGGCUACUAACUACCCAUACGUCGCCCAUGAGCAUGACUACUGCUUGAUGCCGAAGCAGAAACAUGUCGUCACCAUCGAUGGCUUUAAGGAGGUGCCGUCAAAUGAUGAGGUGGCGUUGAUGCAGGCGGUGGCAGCCCAACCUGUCAUCGUGGUUGUCGACCCGAAGGCCUUCCAGCGCUAUGGAGGAGGCGUCUUUGUGGGUCCGUGUGGGACGAAUCGGACCCAUACAAUGACGGUGGUCGGCUAUGGCACCACCCAUGAUCAUGACCCCAAUAGACGCAUGCAAUACUGGAUCAUAAAGAACUCGUGGGGCGCAAAAUGGGGUGAAAACGGCUACAUCCGCAUGGCGCGCGGAGCCGGUCCCUCCAAGCAGGGCUUGUGUGGCAUCCUGAUGGAAGCUUCGUACCCAGUGAAAAAACAGUAACAAAGGUGGGAAUGAUAUCAUGAAGAUAAUUUAAUGACAGCAUCUAAUAAUCAAACAGGUGCACAUG